AUGGCGCUUCGGCCGCUUGCGCCCGUCGUGGCGUGCGGCGCGGGCGCCAAGGGCGUCGUCCACCACGUGGGGGAGGGCUGUGCGAGCACAGGGCGCCGGGCGUCACAAGUAGUACUAGUUGGAAGCUGGAGGGCUGGACCGAGGAAUGCGUUUUUUGAUGCGCUCUUCAAAGCUGUUGGUAGCAUAAAUAUAAUAGCAGAAGACCUGGGGGUGAUUACUGAAGAUGUGGUUCAGCUAAAGAAAUCAAUUGGGGCCCCUGGGAUGGCAGUUCUCCAGUUUGCUUUUGGAGGUGGUUCUGACAACCCUCACUUGCCGCAUAACCAUGAAAUGGACCAAGUUGUGUACACCGGAACACAUGAUAACGAUACGGUUCUUGGCUGGUGGCAAAAUUUACCCGAGGAAGAGAAGCAAAUUGUGAUUAAGUAUCUACCGGAAGCCAAGAAUACUGACAUCUCAUGGACACUGAUCUGUGCUGCCCUUUCUUCUGUUGCAAGGACUUCCAUGGUAACCAUGCAGGAUAUUCUUGGCCUCGACAGUUCUGGUAGAAUGAACACUGCAGCUACCCAGAAAGGAAACUGGAGAUGGAGGAUACCAAGCUCUGUUGGCUUCGACAGCCUUAGCCCUGAAGCAGCAAAGCUGAAGGAGUUGCUUGCGCUGUACAAUCGUCUGUGAAGGCCGCCAGGCAUUAUCUUCUACGGUCAUAAGCUCCUUUCAUAAAAUGGCAGCCAAAUAUGAGCAGUUUGGCUGCUAAGUUCUAUGAGACUAAUACCUGUCCCCGAAUAAGCGUUCCGUGUU